AAAUUGCUCUGUAUGCCUCUUGCUGUCAGCAACAUGAUUUAGUUAAAUUCAGACGCUUUUAGAGGGGCUUUGUACGGCAUCAUACAUAUUUAAUAGUUUUAUAAAAUAUCUGUGUGCAUAACUGGUGGGAAAUUCAGCUUUGGAAAAGCUCAACCUCUACAUCAGAGUCUGUGGCCUUAUAGUGCCCAGUGACCAAGUUGACCACUGAAAAAGGUGCGUCCAGGAUGGGGACAUCGUGAACAAUCCAGGGUCCUGUGUAUUUCAGUCAAAUGAAAUAAUGAAACUUGUGGUAUAAUCCUUCUGAACUUGUCAGUAACAUAAAUCUUCUAUCUUCCCCAGUCACAUUAUUCAGACAUUCCAAUUCCCUGGUGAUUGAAGUAUAACAUUAAAAAAAGAAAAAAAAAAUCCUUCUCUUUAAAUAAAUGGUGUUAUGUGGAGGAUAGAAAGAGUCCUUAGAUUUUCUGUAGCAAUUAAUGAUUUUGUCAUAUAAAGAUUUCUCAUUGCCAUUGGAUAAUGGUACGAAUUAUAAGAAUCUUUUACCUUUGAUCUACUUUUGAAAUUCAUUGUAGAAGUCUGUUCCUUAAAGUAAAAGGGACGGGGGAAGGGAGCUAUAGCAGAGAAAGAGAGUACCCACAUACAGGUUACUGAAUGUGGAAUUGGUGUUAUUAUCUUGUUUAUUUGGCAUAGGCUAAUGAAUUUUUAUUUAUUUAUUUUUUAAAUGAAUUUUUAUAAUAAAACUUGCCACAGUAUGUCAGGAUGGGUUUUCUGUUAUAUAGGGUGCCAUGAAACAACCAUUAGAAGAAAACUUUUUUUUUUUCCAGCAUUUUAUUAUGAAAAAUUUGGAACAUACAAAUAAAUUGAAAGCAUUGUACGGUAAUCAAACUUAUACCCACUACUUAGAUUUUACUGUUUAACAUUUGCUAUAUGUUUUUAAUCACCCAAAACUCAUUGCCAUUGAGUCAAUUCUGACUCAUAGUGACCCUAUAGGACAGAAUAGAAGUGCCCCAUAGGGUUUCCAAGGAAUGCCUCCUGGAUUCGAACUACUGACUUUUUGGUUAGCAGCCUAGCUCUAAACCACUACACCACCAGGGUUUCACGUAUCUAUCCAUUUAUCAAGAAGCCCUGGUAACACAAACAGUUAAGCGCAUGGCUGCUGACUGAAAGAUUGGUGGGUUGAGCACACCAGUGGCUCCGUGGGAGAAAGACGUGCGAUCUACUCCCAUGAAGGUUAAAACAACCCACUGCUGUUGAGUCGAUUCUACAGCCCAGAAAACCCUAUAGGGCAGUUCUCCUGUGUCACAUGGAGUCACUGUGAGUUGGAGAGAACUCCACAGCGCCCAGCAACAACAAGAACAAUAUCCAUUUGUCUAUCCAUCAAUCCAUUUUAUUUUUUGGUGUAAUUUCAGGUAAAUGGUAGGCAUGGGUACAUUUUAUCCUCAAACAUCCCAACAUGUUAUGUGUUUUAUUAAAUUUUUUUUAAAAGAAUAUGUAGGUGAUAGAUUAUGCCAACAAAUUGAUUAUGGUUUUCUUGAAUGAGCCAGCAUAUCUGGACCUAGGAUUUCUAGUCAUCGUGUUCCACAGUAUAGCCCAGUCACCAGCAGCUUACUUUUUCCUGCCCCUAAACGUCACCCCUUAUCCUUUUCCAGUCUUCUAACUGUCCAAAUUAAAAGAGGAUGUAACCUUGGCUCACUGAUUCUGAGAUAUUGACAGUGGUUGAUAUAUUGUGUGUUUGAACCAUGAAAAUAAUGAUUUGUAUUUUGAGGUGGUGGUCUUUGCUGGAAAUACGCUCACUUCCUAUCCACUACCGGUUGUCAUCAGGUUGGUUCUGACUCAUGGUGACCCCACGUAUGUCAGAGUAGAAUUGGGCCCCAUAGGGUUUUCAGUGGCUGAUUUUUUUGAAGUGAAUCCCCUGACCAUUCUUCCAAGGCACCUCUGGGUAGACUUGAACCUCCAACCUUCCAAUUAGCAGCCAAGAACUCCUCCUAUCCACUCGAGUCUCUUUAUUCUGUACCUUUCCAGGAAGCAGUAAAGCUCAUUGUAUGUGUCAAUUGUUUAGGUUAUUCCUAAUAUUCAGCCUGUUCUCAGUGAAAGUUCUACAGCCCACAUUCAGUAUAUCCCCUUAAUCUGAUAAUAUGAUGUUGAGGAACUCUGAGUCCAAAUAUGGAUAUUGGACCUCUGGAUAACCGUCAGAAAGAGGACCAUUGAAUAAAGUUGUUACCAGAAGUGGAAAUGGGAGCAUUAUGUGGAGUAAACAUUCAAUGAAUGGGCUAAGUGAGAUAUUUCUGUAGAGAUACGCCAGGCGGUAGAGACAGAAAAUCUAAACUGUCUGACUGACAGUUGUGUCUCCAUUGGCAGUAUAUAACUAAAGAGCUUUCCUUUGUAAAAACUAAUUGAAAAUGAGAGGAGCAGUAAACCUGAAUACUUGUCCUCACUCUGCAAUUAAUCUUUGUGUAACUCUAGGUAGGUUAUUUAUUUACAUUUAUCUAUCUUUUGGGACCUUUUUACUUGUAUAAAAUGAAAUUCAUGGAUAAGGCUAGCUGUUCCAGCUCCAACAUUCUCUAAAAAAACCAAUAACCCACUGCUGUUGAGUCAGUCCCGACUCAUAGCAACCGUAUGGGGUACAGUAGAAGUGCCCCACAGGAUUUCCAAGGAGUGCCUGGUGGAUUCAAACAGUUGACCUUUUGGUUAGCAGCCAUAGCUCUUAACCACUAUGCCACCAACAUUCUCUAAGUCAAUGAAAACUUUAAUUCCGAAUGUUGCUGAAAUAACUGUUGAUCUUUGCAUUAAACCUAAAUCAUUUUACUGUAAAUACUUACUGAAAUCAAAAAUAAAGGAAAAGGAAGAGUCAUUCUUAAAUAAAUCUGAUUCUAGCAGCAUACAGUGUGAUUUCUGAUUAAAAAAGUUUUGAGUUGGAGGUCAAAUCCUAAGAUAUGUUUAUCUUAAUGACUUUCAAAUUCAUAUUUUUAAAGUGAUAAAAAUGAUAACAAUGCAGAAAAAGUUUGCACCUUUUGGGAUAGAAAGCGGCAGAACAAGAUGUGGCUGGCAUUUCAUUUUAAGCGGGAUACUGCCACGUCUGUGAGCAUCACAAGGCUUGUGACUUGACAGCAGUAUCGCUGCUUCGGUGACUCACUUUGAAUGCUGCGUCAGUUCUGGAAACUGCAUAUAUUUUUAUUCCUGAUUUUUUUUUUUAACCUUUUUUGCAACUUUUUAUUUCCAUUUUGAUCAGUAACAAGGAGGGACAGCUGUGUAGAUUCUCAGGAAAAUGUAUGUUGUAAGAUGUUUUUUCUGGCUGAGUGUAUUCUCAAGAGUUAUAAAUUUGGACCACAUUCAAAAGCAAAACAUUUCAGGUGAUUCCGUUCUCCAGGUGAGUUGCGAGGGUUAUACAUGCGUUUAUUUAAAGUUUCAGAGUCUGUUGGGUAGAGGGCUCUGUCUUAUGAAUAAUUCAUAGCUACCUGCACAUUAGGAACCUAGUGAUGCAGUGGUUAAGUGCUCAGUUGAUAACCGAAAGGUUGGCGGUUCGAACCCGCCAGAACCCAUCAGCCACUCCGUGGGAGAAAUACAUGGCAGCCUGCUCCCGCAAAGAUUACAGACUUGAAAACCCUGUGGGGCAGUUCUCCUGUGUCCUAUAGGGUCUCUAUGAGUUGGAAUUGACUCUAUCGGAAUGGAUUUUUUGGUUUUUUUUUCACAUGUGGACCAUCUCAUGCACAGUAGUUCCCCUCUUUUGAAGCUGAUUUAAAAAUCAAGUCAACAAAUGUUUCUAGAGGAUUUGUUAUGAGUGAUAUGUUGUGCUAUAAACAAUUUCUUGGUUUGUAUGGGAAGGGAAGCAGAUUAUACAGUUAGCUGACAAACAAAACCCAUUGCCAUCGAGUCGAUUCCAACUUGUAGCAACCCUAUAAGACAGAGUAGAACUGCCCCAUGGAGUUUCCAAGGAGCACCUAGUGGAUUCCAACUGCCGACUGUUUUUUGGUUAGCAGCUGUAGCUCUUAACUACUGUGCCACCAGGGUUAGCUGACAAGCAACUGAUCUCUAAACAAAGAUCUGGUGUCUAAGUAUAAAUCAAGUUCAACCACUUCCAUUUUUGAAACCUUACUUAAUUUGUAUUAAACUAGCGUUAGUGUUCAGAGGUGUUUCUUCCUUUUGUUUAACCAAAAUUUCUCCUACUGCACUAAAAUAUGUCCUUUAUUAUUUGAUUUAAGUAAGAUUGCACAUGUAUUUUUAAGUGAUAACAUAAAAGUGAAAAUUUUCCCUUAUAUGAGAUUUUCUGUUGUACUUCUGUUAAUUUGCCAUAAGACUUGAGAGAGAAACGAACAGAAAUUCUGUCUUAGGUAUGUUGCUCUGUGCCCUUAACUCAACUGUGGUUUUGAAUAUUAAUGAAACAAAGUAAAGACAUUUGUUGAAGGUAAUCAAUCCAAUGGGUAGGGCUCUAAUAAACUAUCAGUGAUCAUUCAUCUGUAUUAUAUCACAGUGUCUUUAUAGAGGUAAUUUUCCCAUUGCUUUCCAUUUUUUCCAUGACACCCCACGCGCACACAUACACGCACACACGUACAUGUUUAGGUUGUUUUCCCAUAGUCUAUCCGUGCCUCUUUAGUGCAGUUUCCAUAUUGAUGCAUUCAUUCAACAGAUACUGAAGUGCCUUCUGUUGCCAGGUGUGUGGUAGGUACUAGGGAUACAGCAGUGGAAACCAACAAAAGCUUGCCCUUGUGAAGCUUACAUUCUGGUGGUGAGUUUAUCACACAUUUGAUAACAAAGCACCCUGUGUGGCAAAUACAGGUAAUGCAGAAUAACUGCCAUUUUUCUCUGAUCAUUUGCUCAAAAAAAAAAAAAAAUGCUAUUGCUGUUGAGUCAACUCCAACUUGUAGCGACCCUAUAGGGCAGGGUACAGCUGCCCCAUAGCGUUUCUAAGGCUGUCAUCUUUACAGAAGCAGACUACCACGUCUUUUCCCACAGAACAACUGGUGGUUCUCACUUUUAGCCUUUUGAUUAACAGUUGAGUGUUUAACACUGUGCCACCAGGGCUCCUUCCUUUGCUCAUAUCUCUAGAAUAUUCCAAAUAGGAAAAUGGAAGGGAGCUGAACAAUGGGAAAUAAUAUAUUAGUACGUAAAAUAAGAGAGAAUUAUAAGUCUUUGCUCAUUUUCUCAUAAAACAUCUUUUGAACUGAAACUCUUAGUAGCAAACCAAUUAAUUGUCUUUAUUUGUGUUUUUGAAGUCCUUGAAAGUAUUACAUCAUCAGCAUCAAUUCAAAGGUUGUAGUUAAUUAAUAAUUGUCAGAGACUCAAUCCGCAUCACCUGCUGAGGCUUUGUAGAAGAAAGGGCAACCUCUACAUAACAAAGUCUCAUUAUUUUUGUGCAGGCCACUAGUAAAAUGAUCAAAUAUCAUCUGUUUGUCUUUUCAAAUUAAAUGUAGAAGUUGCAACCAUGAUGAGAGUCAUUUUAAAAGAAAACUGAUUUGUAAAAUGAAAAGGAAAAAUUGUGUUUGCCUCUAACUCAUGAUUUCCCUUAUGGGUAGUCAGUAAUUAAGGAUCUCCCUUAAAAUAUAGUAAACUCACUAUAAUUGUCAUCUGCAAUAAAACUGUCUUUCUAUAUAAAAUUCCCACAUCCUUGUCUUUGAGAUCAUUUACUGUUUCUUAAGUUAUACAAAGUCUAAACUCGUGAAGAACAAAGCGUGCCAGAGUACAUUGAUCAUCUUGUUACAAAACGGGGACACAGAAGCACAGUCAAUAUCAAGCAUUUCAUUUAGCAGCUCACAACAUAAUUCUUAAAAUAAGUCACAUUAGCUUCAGUGAGAACAUUUUCACCGGAAAAAAGUAUCUUCCUGGUCUUGACUCAGAGUAGGGAGAAGAUACUUGCUCAGUAAGGUGAGAUGUAUUUCCUCUCAUCCAUCCAGCAUCGCAGGUAAUUUAGAAGAACGUCAAACAGCACAUGGAUUUAGUUUGCCUUUAGACAACUUUUCUGUUGAGUUGGGGAGAGAAUUACAGGAAAAACAAUUAAAUGUUGGUUUAUUUCAACCUUCCAUCCAUUGAAAGGGUGUUAAGGGUGAAUCAUAGCUGGGAUCAUGCAGUUUCAGUAGAAUGAGAUGAAUUCAUAGAAGGGAUGUUUUAAUCAGAGAAAACUAGAUUAGAAAGUAUAUGAACUAGAGAGUACAAGAUUUGAAAAAAAUGGAGAACAUAUACAGGGCAUUUUAGAUGGAUAUUAAAAAAGUAGCAUUUAUUAGAGGUAUCAUAAUCAUAAUUCAAUCUCAAUUAAAAAAAAUAUAUGAUUCGAACGGAUAGCACAGGUCUAGGUUUGGGAGAACCAGAUGUUGAUCGUUUUUGCCCUCAAAGAAAUCCCAUUAUUACAGCCCUGUAUACACAAUAAUGAACAAUGGUAAUGAUGCAUCCAAAUGAAUGGCACAGUUAAGAAGUGCUGGGUCUCUGUUUGAGAAGCAUAGGGAGGGCUCCAUGGGAAAUCUGAGAUGUGACUUGGGAGGAGAGGUGAGUUUUGGGUAGGUGGAAAGAGGCUAAUGAAUCCAUGUUAGUACUUUGUCCUCUCGUGGAAACAGUAAGUUUUUAAAGUUACCCGUAGCCCUUGGGGAAACCCUGGUGGUGUAGUGGUUAAGAGCUACAGCUGCUAACCAAAUGGUCAGCAGUUCAAAUCCAGCAGGCAGUCCUUCGAAACCCUGUGGGGCAGUUCUACCGUGUACUGUGUCCUCUAGCAUCACUAUGGGUCAGAAUGGACUUGACGGCAGUGGGUUUGGUUUUUAUGGUUGGUAGGCCUUGGAGCUUUUUUUGUUAAAAUUCUGUUUUCAUAGUUCAUUAGCAAAUAAAUAAUUACAAUUUAGACAUAGUCAUCUCCAAAGAUUGUAAUCCAAAAAUGAAAUUACUAAUGUCAUCAUUUAGCAUGAUACUUUUUAGACAUAAAAUUUAGGAGCAAAGAUAAACUUGUUUAGAGAUAACAGUUUCUGAGUGAGCUAGGCAGGAAAAAAAAAAAGUAAAAGAGAAAAUAAGUUAGGUAAUAUAUUCAAAAGCAAAAUGGCUUUUACCAUCCCUUUUUAUCUUCUUGACCUAAGUUACAUGUUGUCAUUUGGUGCCAUUGAGUUGGGUUCGACUUAUAGCCACCCUGUGUACAACUGAACGAAGUAUUGCUCAAUCCCGUGCCAUCCUCACAAUAGUAGGUAUGUUUGAGCCCAUUGUAGCAUCCACUGUGGUGGCACAGUGGUUAAAGUGCUUGGCUGCUAACUGAAAGGUUGGUGGUUCGAACCCACCAGCUGCUCUGCAGAAGAAAGAUGUGGCAGUCUGCUUCCAUAAUGAUUACAGCCUUGGAAAUCCUAUAGGACAGUUCUGCUCUGUUCUGUAGGGUCACUGUGAGUCAGAAUUGACUCGGUGGCAGGGUAUUUUUGUGCUACAUACUUACGACAAAAUAAAUAAAAUUAAUUCAGGUUGAGAAUUAAAUAGCCUAGCUUGAAUUGAAGUGGUAGAGGAAUUCGAAUUUUUUUUAUUUGAUGGCGUAACAGGAUUUUUUUCUUCAUUGAAGCUGGCUCAGAAGGAAGCUGAAAUAGUAUGAAAGCGGAUCAGAAAAUAUAAGUGUAGGCACUUUGACUUUGUUUUUCCAAAUCCCUGUUUCUACUACUGUGUCUCCUCUCGACUGGGUUGACUUCCUAAUAUUUACUUUGUUUACUUUCUGUGGUGACUUAAUUAUGGCUGCAAAUUGGUUGCCAGUCUUUCCAUCAAGCUUUAUUUCCCUUCCCCUUGAAUCUGGGCUGGCAUUCUAUUUAACCAAUAGGAUACAAUGGAAGUAACCUGUGCCACUUCCAGGCUGUCUUUAAGAGGACUGGCAACUUCUUCCAUGUUAGGAUGUUUCCUUUGAGAACCUAGCCAUGGUGCUGUGAGAAGCCCAGACCAUAUGGAGAUGCCACAUGUUUUGACAGCCCCAGCUAAGCACCCAGCUGAGCUCCUAACUGACACCUGGCAUCAACUGCCAGUCAUGUUUGUGAGCCAUCUUGAAUCUUUCAACCUAAUUGCACCGGCUGAUGGCAACCCCAGCUGACAUCAAAGGGAGCAGAAGAACCAUCCAGCUGAACCCAGUAAACUUAGUCUAGCGGGAGAUAAUGGUUGUUUAAAGCUCCUCUGGGGCUAUUUGUUUUACAGCAGUUAGUAACUGAAACACCUUCCCAAGAAAAGUCCUGGAACUGAGACCAUGGAAAAGCUCAUUGAAUUUAAUCUAUAAAUAAGUAAAAUUUUAAUAGCCUAUGCCUAAUCUUUAUAACUUUUGAAAAAUCACUAGGCAGUGCUUUAAAAAGCUCUCAUUUGGGGAAGUAGCAACAUUUAUUUACAAACUACAUUAAGGUAAUAUCUAUUUUCAUUGCUACUCUUUCUGGCUCAUUUAUUCUCCCACUGAAGUGUUAUGUAAUUAAUACAUAGAUAAACUUUUUUGAUUAAUAAGGAGGAACAAUACAUUGUCUGUCUAGCAGAAACAGCGUGAACUUUGGAGUUGGACCCUGGCUCCAUUCUUGACCUCAUCACAUUAACACAGCUGCAUGUUCUGGCCUAAGUUGUCUGAGCCCACAUUUAUUUAUUUUUAAGAAUAUGUGUACUGCCUAGGAUUGUUGAAAAUCACUAAUACUGUACAUAAAGACCCUAGCAGAGUGCCCGGCACAAAGAUGGAAUUCAGUAAAUGCAGCUUUUAUUGUUAUGGGUGAGGUGGUGAUAUAGUUUUAAGAACUGUUGUUGUUGAGUCGAUUCCAACUCAUAGCGACCUUAUAGGACAGAGUUGAACUGCCCCAUAGGGUUUCCAAGGAGAGCCUAGUGGAUUCAUACUACCAGCCUUUUGGUUAGCAGCCAUAGCUCUUAACCACCACUCCAUCAGGGCUUCCAGUUUUACGGAGGGAGUACAAUUUUGUGGUUUGUCCUUUUUUUUUAAGAGGAUGUUGAAAUGUGGAUGUUUUACGGCUUUAAUGGUGUGGUGCUUAAAGGAUUCAAAGAUACAUCCUUUGAAUAGUUUUUCCUACAAACAUGCAUGUUUUCUCCGAAGGCAAAAUGUGAUCUCUAAGCACAGUCACGUUACCCUUCCUUAUCUUCCUUUAUUGCUAUGAAGGAACUGAUGGAGGGAUAAAGGCAACUUCCAGCUCUUAGUCCCAUGUGUAGACUAAUGAGAGAUUCCUUUUAUUCUUUACCUCUUGUCCUCUUCCCUUCCUCACUCACAAUCACCUUCCAGUUUGGGGUGGGACAGCGGGGGGAGUUUUUCAAUUCAUAGGAAGCUGGCUGUCUGCAAACUGAUUUUCUUAGAACCAAGGUGCUUCAAGGUUCAUGGAUUACAAACUGUCUUUGAUUUAUUUAGUCCAGGGGAAAGAACAGUGUGGUAACUAACAGGAUUCUGCCUCUCCUGUUUUUGCUUAGCCUUCAGAUAAUUCAUUGUUUUCCUUUGUAAGUGUUGGAAGUUUUCUAUAUGAUAACUAGAAUAAGCCAAAAAACCCAAACUCACUGCCAUCAAGUCAGUUCUGACUCCUAGUGAUCCUAUAGGACAGAGUAGAACUGCCCCAUAGGAUUUCCAAGGCUGUAACUCUUUAUAGAAGCAGACUGCCACAUCUUUCUCCUGUGGAGCAGCUGGUGGGUUCGAACUGCCGGCCUUUUGGUCAUCAGCCCAGUGUUUUAACCACUGCACCACCAGGGUUCCUUGACAACUACCUUGUAAUUUCUUUGUCGCAUAUGUUUGCAGUUGAUAUUUAAAGUGAAGGCAUUAGUUGGCAUUGGUGCAUGUUAAAGAUGGGUUUACUCAACUAUGGGUUAUUGUUCUUCUAGUGUCUGGCUGACUGGGGUUAUCUGAACCUCAUAUUGGUCUUUGAGAUUUAGAUGACCUUGACCAUGGAUGAAAUUCCAGUGUACUAUACUUGAGUGUAAUACUGGCUUGGGGCAGGAUUGAGAAGUUAAUUUUCAUAUAUUUAAACUGGGUAAUGUUUGAAGAAAUUAUAAAUUGCCCUCUUUAACAUAAAAAUUCUAUCAGCUCAUAUUGUUUUUGUAUAUUUACAUGAAUGUAGAAGAUUAAAAUCUUAAUAUCUCACACUUGGGAGUAUUAUAAAUGCUUCAAUCUAGAGUUUCCAUUAUAGGGUAUUUCAUGUAUAUUGCUAGAAUCUUUGUAAGAAAGCUCUCACUGCUUUAAAAUCAUGUAGUUAAAGCAAGAAAGUGGGAUAGGAAUUAUUUUAAAAUACCGAUUUAAAAAAAAGCAAAACCUGUUGCCAUCGAGUUGAUUCUGACUCAUAGAAACUCUAGAGGACAGAGUAGAACUACCCCAUAGGGUUUCCAAGGCUGUAAAUCUUUACAGAAACAGAUUGGCAUAUCUUUCUUCUGUGGAAUGGCUGGUGGAUUCGAGCUGUUAACCUUUUGAUUAGCAGCUGAGCACCUAGCCACUGUGCUUCCAGGGCUCCUUAAAUACCUGUUACUGGUAUAUAAAUGUAGGUUGUGUUGAAAUGAACUGAAGGAUAAUUCAUUUUUCCCGUAAGCUUGUCAUAGUUAUGGUUACAAAUAUGCGAAUUAGUUCAGGCUUUGUUGUUUGUUAGCUGUAGUACUAUAAACGCAUUUUAAAAUAUCAAUACCCUUUGAACAUUUAUAAUUAUGGACAAAUUUCAUUUUGAAAGAAUGAUAAUAUUUGGAUCUCAUACCUAUUUAAAAGCUUAAAAACAUUUCAACAUGGGGCGAUUGCGUUGUGUAAAAUAUAAUGGGCUUCAGGCAGCUUUUCUCAGGACUUGGGCUCUGGAUUUUGCUGUUUCUGGGGACUCAUGUGAUGGUUAUGUAGUAUAGAUACAGUGAUAAGCGUUUUUAAGGCUCCUAUGACAACAAAACGGUUCCUUGGAAACCCUCGGGUGUCCAGUCACAGUGAAGUGCGGAUUAAAGGUUCAGAGCGUAUGGUGCGCAUUGACGGUGGUGGGAGGUCCCGGGGAGCCUGUGCUGUCUCUGUGAAAGGCUGUGUGCUUCUUCCGGAAUUUUACCUACUGAUGUUUUAAAAGGAAAAGAAAAAAAAAAAAAAAAAUCAGCCUUGCAACUAUCUGUAAGGUGAAGCUCCUGAAACCUAACCCGAAAGUCGCGCUCUUAUAGAAAGCUCUUUUUAAUACUUGCAGCGCGGUUGUAGCUGAGAGCGUGUGGUAUAUGUUACAGCGCCCAGGGAAUUCAGACCUCCGCAGUGUGGAGUCACAGUGAAAGGCAAAUUUGAAAAUGAAGUGGUCGCCUUUGCUCCCUUAGUGGCCCUGUCACCUACCAGUUUCUUGUUAGCUUGACAUUAGUCUGUGCCUGCUUUUGGAUGGAACAGGGGAAGUAGAAAUCUAAAAAGGACCAGAGUGGGGAGAUAUUAACCUCCCUCCCCCGCCCAGCAUACACUCAGCAUUUCACACUGAGCGUUACAAAGUCUUACACAAUCACUGUACAAAUGGAUGCUUCAAAAUUGUGCGUAACCCAGUCUUCCCUGUAAUGGACUAAAGGCAGAGCUGUCCAUGGUUAGAAAAGUGUUUUCUAACUUAACUCCUGGUUAAAGAUCAGAUAAUAAUAGUCCUUUUGGUGAACAAAACUUAUUAGAGGGCUAGGGCAGGAAUCCUAGCUCUCAGCAGCAGGCAGGAAGAAAUUACUGUUGAAAAGCUUACCUCUCUGGGGAGGAAUCAGAUAUCAGACUUUGCCAAGCCUCAGGUCCAACCCAUAAGGUCCCACCUACAUCCCCUCCCCAUCCCAGCUUUGUUAGAUUGCUAGCAUCGAUCGCUGGCUUUUUCUGACCCAACAGUGGGUAAAGGAAAGAGAGCCAGCAAGACUGAAAGCAAGCAAGGUGGGGGUGGAAGACUGGGUCCGCUUUUGUAGAGAAAGACAGAGAAAGAGAAGGGGGUGGGGGCCGUGGGGACUAAGCUUAACUGGUGCCUGCCUGCUUCUCUUUGAUUUGAUGGCCUUUAUUCCUCCUAAUUGGAUAAAAUAGGAAGUCACUGGCAGUCCUGGGUUGCUGGGUGUACUGAUUUCCCUCAAACCAGCCGCAGCUCUAGAGUGUGGAGAGAGGGUGGGGGCUGGGAGAGGAGGGAGGAGAAAAGAAACAGAGAGAGAGAGAGAGAGACAGGGACGUCUUGGGAUGAGGAGAGAAGAGAAGGAGCAAGAGACUGUGAAGAAGGGACGAGGCACAGAGAAAGAAAGUGAAUAAGCGCUCAAGAAGGACAAAGAGGAGUGGCUGGGGGGGUGGGGGUAGAGGCAGGGCGGGGAAGGGAGUGACCGCCCCUCCUGGCCACACUGGUCCCUUCCGAUCCCUCUGUGAUGAGACUGUUCGCAGUGAUGCUCGGAGGCCAGGCAUCUCCUGCUGCUCUGUAAUGAUUCAGCCUCUUUCAGCCGCUGCUGCCUUCACACAGCAGGAUGCUGUUGCUACUGUCACUGCUGCCCCUGCUGCCGCCGCCGCUGCUGCCGCCGCCGCCGCCACCGCUGGUCCUGCUUUUGCUUUUACUUCUCCUUCAUGACAGUUGUUUUCUUCAUCUCAGCAGACAGCAGCUUCAGAUGCUUGAGGUGAGAAACCUGCCUUUCAGUUUGGGCUACUGGUUCACUUAA